AUGACUCAUGAUGUUUCCUCUAGUGUGCGUCAGCGCAAGCCGCAUGGCCGCACAACACCAUCAUCUCCUAAAGCAUUGGCUGAUGAGGCCGUAGCCCGAGCCUUUAAAUCUGACAAGCGCAAGCAGUCGGAGACUAAAAAAACAUUUGUCGAGGCAGCACAUUCACUCGGUCGCACCGAGAGCUGGCACGUGCGGGCCGCCGAUCACCUAGUUACGAAGCGUAUCUAUUCAAUUUUGGCCGGUAUUCUCAUUGGCGUUCUGGCUGUCACAAGUUUUCAGCGCUACUACUUAGAGAAGCCUUUGCUCAGUGAGGACUCGUUGUUUCGAGUUCGGGAGAUGUUUGACAACUUUAAUUGGUCUGUCAAUGUCCGAGAAGAACUUCUAGCCGUCUUCGAUCACCGACCUAGUCUUCUUGGGGCAACUGAGAUCCGACCCGGACUUCAAUUGUUUCAUCAAGAGAAUAUAACAGCGUACUCGCCUGUCAUCUUGGUACCAGGCUUCACUUCCACUGGUCUUGAGAUCUGGAAUGGUAGUGCUUGUAGUAAAACGUAUUUUCGACAACGUAUGUGGGGUACAUCAAGAAUGCUACAACAGUUUAUGAUGAAUCAAAAGUGUUGGUUGGAGCAUAUGAUGCUCAAUCGAUCGUCGGGAAUGGAUCCGAAUGGGAUCAAAUUGCGUGCAGCUAAGGGAUUAGAAGCAGCUGACUAUUUAAUUGGUGGCUUUUGGGUUUGGGGAAAAUUGGUCGAGAAUUUAGCGGAAAUUGGAUACGACAGUAAUAAUUUGUAUAUGGCUGCAUACGAUUGGCGUCUUAUGCCACAUUUACUUGAAGAACGUGAUGGAUACUUUACAAAACUCAAGUAUACGAUUGAAAUGGCCCGUGUAUCCGGAAGUGGUCGAAAAGUCAUGUUAGUGACCCACUCGUAUGCUACAUUAGUUAUUUUACACUUUUUAAAAUGGGUCGAAAGCGAGAAUGGAGGUAAUGGUGGCGACAGAUGGGUCGAUACAAAUAUUGAAGCUUUUGUGAACAUUGCUGGUCCAACAUUGGGUCUGGUAAAGACAAUUAGUGCCUUGAUGUCCGGUGAAAUGAAAGAUACAGCUGAAUUGGGUGGAUUGUCCAAGUUUUUGGGGUAUUUCUUCAGUGUCUCGGCACGCACACAACUCGCACGUUCGUGGUCCAGUGUCUUUUCAAUGUUACCCAUUGGUGGGGAUCGAAUUUGGGGGACGACCGAGUCUGCUCCUGAUGAUAUAGCUGCUGCUUCUCCAUUGGCGACUGGUAGGAAUGCGACCAUAAAUCCAAAGGAGGUCGAUACACAUGUUAAACGCUUUGGCUCACAUGGCCAAGUUGUUCACUUUGUUAAUAAAACGCACGAAAAUGUCACGAUUGGAGGCGUACAGAAACUCCUAGGCGAGCUUGACCCAUACCUCGAUCAUUUUUGCUCUUGGCUUAGCACUGAUAUCGUCGAAGAUCCGUCGUUGCCUGAAUACGAUCAUUUUAGAUACUGGACGAACCCAUUGGCAUCAACUUUACCCAAGGCACCAAAAUUGAAAAUCUUUUGUUUUUAUGGAAUUGGUAAGCCAGCUGAACGAAGCUACACGUAUGGUGAGAACCCUCUUGACGACGAGAUUGGCCAUUUAAACGGAAAGCCUAUUGCGCCUUAUGUCUUUAAUACAGACAUAGACGAUCUGCCAUACGUAAAAGGCGGAAUCCGAUAUUCAGAUGGAGACGGCACAGUUCCGUUAAUCUCAUUAGGAUUCAUGUGCGCCAAUGGCUGGCGGUCGAAAAGAUAUAAUCCCAGCAAUGUCGAGGUGCGUGUGCGUGAAUAUCCUCACAAUCCAGUCUCAAUGCUCUUUGACCCUCGGGGUGGACCAGAAACUGCCGAUCACGUUGACAUCAUGGGCAAUCAUGCUGUCAUCCGUGACGUGCUUUUUGUUGCUGCUCGUGCUUAUGACCGCGUGCCAGAAAACAUCACGUCGGAUAUUCAAGAGAUUGCAAAACGUGUCGGAGAGUUUUAG